AUGGCCAAACCUACGGGUUUGUCACAUGCCAUAUUCUCUAAAUGUCAGCCUCAUAUUGAGUCCUGGCUCAAAACAUAUGAUUAUCUUCAGUGGUAUGGAGCUAAAGCUCAACUGAUUGUAACAGAACAGGAAUUGAUCAAAGAACUACUUUAUAACAAAGAUAGAUCAGUUUCAAAAAUUGACAUCGAAGGCUUUGCCAAGAAGCUAUUAGGAGACGGCCUUGUAGCCACAAAAGGUGAGAAAUGGGCGAAAUUGAGGAAGCUGGCCAAUUAUGCCAUCCACGGAGAGAGUUUGAAAGGUAUGGUACCUGCAAUGAUCUCUAGUGUUGAGAUGAUGCUGCAAAGGUGGAAAUCAUAUGAAGGUAAAGAAGUGGAGGUAUAUGAAGAAUUCAGAUUGUUGACUUCAGAAGUAAUUUCUAGAACAGCAUUUGGAAGCAAUUACCUGAGAGGGAAGGACCUGUUUGAGAUGCUUAUGAGAUUGGCCUGGUUGUUAACCAAAAAUAUGUACAAACUUAAGCUCCCUGGCAUCACGUAAAUUCUUUUUAGGUAAAUCUAGAGUUUAGAAAAUGAUAACCUCUUCUUUCAGUAAUACGUCCUUUAUCCAUUUUGCAGCAAGUUGCUUAAAGCCAGCGAAGAGAUUGAAUCGGACAUGCUUGAAAAGAAAAUACACAACUGCAUUUUAGAAAUAAUCAAUGAAAGAGAGGAGAAGGUAAAAAGUAGUGAAGAGGACAGCUUUGGCAAUGAUUUUCUUGGAUUACUUUUAAAGGCUCACCAUGAUAACAGCGACAGUCAGACAAUUUCAGUGGACGAUUUGGUUGAAGAGUGUAAAACAUUUUACUUUGCUGGGCAAGAAACUACUAACACUUUACUUGGAUGGACUGUCUUUCUUCUAGCAAUCCACAUAGAUUGGCAAGAAGAAGUUAGAAAGGAGGUGCUCAAUUUAUUUGGCCGCGAAAAUCCAAAUCCAGAUAGCAUAGCAAAA